AUGAGAAUGCGUUCUCCGAACAACAUUAUAGAGGAUAGUAAUAUAUCACGUAUUGCAAGCAGCAACAGCAGGGCUUUGCCAUCAUUUUCACAAAUGCUAGCUCGGAGUAAGAAUAAUACCAACAACUACUUGAAUGACAAUAAUGAUAGUAAUAACAGCAGCGUUAACCAAGAGUUUGAAUUUCAAAUGGAUAACGAUUCUAGCAGCGAUUAUAGGGAAUUGAGGAAUUCAAUUAUUCAGAGACGUCAAUCUUCUACGUCGAAUCAUAGAAAUGAAAUUCAAAAGUUAAAUUACAAGAAUUCACUUUUGUUGAAUCUCCCGACAGAGAUAUUAUUGCAGAUUUUUCAUCACCUUGACAGGAAGGAACUAUAUUCUUUAUUAACAGUAUGCCAUGAAUUUGCUGAUUUGAUAAUUGAAAUCCUUUGGUUUAGACCAAAUAUGCAAAACGAUGACUCGUUCAAGAAAAUUAAAACAAUAAUGGAAAUUCCGAAAGGAGGAACCCAUUGGGAUUAUCGAUCUUUUAUCAAAAGAUUAAACUUAUCAUUUAUGACUAAACUAGUGGAUGAUGAUUUAUUAAAAUUGUUUGUUGGAUGUCCUAAGUUGGAAAGACUUACUCUAGUUAACUGUACAAAAUUGACUUAUAGUCCAGUAACUUCAGUUUUAAAGAACUGUGAAAAAUUACAGUCGAUAGAUUUGACGGGAGUAACAGGCAUUCACGACGAUAUAAUACUAGCGUUGGCUAAUAAUUGUCCUCGCUUACAGGGCUUAUAUGCCCCUGGAUGUGGCAAGGUUUCCGAAGAUGCAAUAUUAAAAUUAUUAAAGUCAUGUCCUAUGCUUAAAAGAGUAAAGUUUAAUGGUAGUGCAAAUAUUACCGACAGAAGUAUAGAAGCAAUGCAUGAAAACUGUAAGUCAUUAGUUGAAAUUGAUUUGCAUAACUGUUCUAAUGUUACUGAUAAGUAUUUGAAGUUGAUUUUCCUCAAUUUAUCACAGUUAAGAGAAUUUCGGAUAAGCAAUGCAGCAGGUGUCACAGAUAGACUAUUCGAAUUGCUUCCUAGUGAAUAUUAUCUAGAAAAGCUAAGAAUAGUUGAUAUAACAGGUUGUAAUGCUAUAACUGAUAGAUUGAUAGAGAAACUUGUGAUGUGUGCUCCAAGAUUAAGAAACGUUGUCUUAUCAAAGUGUAUGCAAAUAACGGACGCAUCUUUGAGAGCAUUAUCUCAAUUAGGGAGAAGCUUGCAUUAUAUUCAUUUAGGUCAUUGUGGUUUAAUUACAGAUUUUGGCGUUGCAUCAUUAGUAAGAUCCUGUCAUAGAAUUCAAUACAUUGAUCUAGCGUGUUGCUCUCAAUUAACCGAUUGGACAUUAGUCGAAUUGGCAAAUUUACCAAAAUUGAGACGAAUAGGCUUAGUCAAAUGCAGCUUAAUAUCAGAUAGCGGGAUAUUAGAAUUAGUGAGACGCCGUGGUGAACAAGACUGCUUAGAAAGAGUUCAUUUAUCUUACUGUACAAAUUUAACUAUAGGUCCUAUUUAUCUCUUAUUGAAGAACUGUCCGAAGUUGACACAUUUAUCAUUGACAGGUAUUUCGGCAUUUUUAAGAAGAGAAAUUACGCAAUAUUGCCGUGAUCCUCCUCCAGACUUCAAUGAACAACAGAAGAAUUCAUUCUGUGUGUUUUCAGGUAAUGGGGUUAGUCAAUUAAGGAACCAUUUAAAUCAAAUCAUGGAAGACAGAUCUUAUUUAAUUGAUCAUGGUGAUAUGCAUGCAUUAUUUCACGAAAGAAGACGAAGAUUUAUGAAUGGAGGAAAUGAUAUGGAUGACGAGGAAAUGAAUCUAUGGGUGAGACAGCGAGGUUUGGGUGUUCUACAAGGUGGUGAUUUAGGAAACCCUGAGGUGGCUGAAAUUAAUAGAGAAAUCUUCAGAGAAUUAAAUGAAGGUAAUAUGGGUCCCGAAGAAAUGAGAGAACAUUUUCAAAGAUUGAUAAGAAAUCAUCAUCAACAGCGUUUGCUUCAACGACAGAUGCUUGAACAAGACCUUCAAUUUCAACCAGACCAACAGAAUCAAGACCCGCAAAAUGCACCUCAAAUAAUACAACCAGCAGUCUUCCCUAAUGGUGAUCAACUUAUACAAUUCGUUAAUGGAGAAGGAGAGGAUGACGAUGAUGUGGAAAUGCAGCCUGUUGAUUUGUUUCCUAGGGAUAGAAAUCCCCCAGCAUAA